GGAUAACUCCCGAAGCUCGAUGUAAACAAUACGGCAUGUUUAUCUCUGAUCGCCGGUGUAGCGUUGAGAAGCUGUCAAGCAAUUUACAAUGUAAGGUUGCUACAUAUGUACAGAAAUAACAUAUUAUGGUAAUUAAAUCAUCGAUAACUGAAAUACAAGGACCACAGUAUAGUACAACGCUUGUCACUUGCUAGGCCUAUAUAGAGCUCUUUGUACAGGAAGUGGAGCACUUGUUUUGGAUCGAAGCCCCGACUGGCUGGAGGGCAAGUCGGCACAAAAUCGAAGGAUAUGAUGAACAGCUGCUUUCUUCUUUUUGCACUGCUUGCAGUCGCAUCAUGUGAGAGUGAGAGUGGUCUCCCAGGACACUUAAAGCCCCUUGGAAGCCACCAGAAACCUAUUGGUGGCAUACCAGUGACCGGAAAAUUUCCCUCCCCAUGGGUUUUCCACCAGGAAUUUGUAAAGAAUGGACAGCCUCUAGUGAUGAAGAAGGUGCUGGAGACAGACAAUAUUCCAGCCUACCGUCUCUGGACUGAUCAGUAUCUCAGGGAAAAUUUUGGACAAACUGAUGUGGAAGUCGAGAUUGGUAAAAAGGAGAAUAGGGGCAGUGGAGUUGAUCAAAUGACCAUGUCUAAAUUUCUACACCUCUAUCAGACGCAGAAUAUCUACCAAGUCUUCGAUCUAACACCUGACAUGAAAAAGGAUAUGAAUCUGCCCCUAAGUUUGCAAUGUGGUGGCUUCCAGAAUCUUUUAGAGACAGUGGUUAUGUGGUUUAGUAGUGGUGGCACCAAGUCCCACCUACAUCGUGAUCUGCUGGAUAACAUCAACUGUUUGUUGGAUGGAAAAAAAGACAUCCUCCUCAUUGACAAGAAGUAUGGCGAUAUGGUGAUGGCAGACGGGUGGAAAGAGGAUGGUGGAUACAGUACAGUAGACGUGGAGUCGGUGGAUAUGACCAAGUUUCCACAACUCCACAAUGUUCCAUACAGUCGUAUAACCAUCAGUAAGGGGGACUGUUUAUUUAUCCCGUACAAGUGGUUGCAUUUUGUGGAUUCUAAACCUGGGAGGAACCUAGCAGUCAAUUUCUGGUUCCACCAUUUGCCCUGGUUUAACAGCUCUGAAUGCGAUGAUGUGGAUCCGUUCCAAAACUCUAGUGUUCCUCUGUCUACUAUAAAGAAAGCAGACCCAGAAAUGGAGUCCAGGAUGUUGUUUUUGGAACUUUUCGGGGAUGUUAUGAGUUUCUACAAACGUUCAUUCAGUGAUUACAUUCAGAGAGAAAUCCCAUCCAUUACAAAGGAGGAUGUGGGCAGUCUGAAUGAGGUGUUCUCCUUAAUUGAUACAGAUGGUAACAAAGUGUUAACUUGGGAAGAACUAAUGACAAUGGAUAUAGAAUCUGCUAUAGACAAUUAUCCAAAACUGUUCACUAAAAUAAUCUCCAAUAUAACUGGUGGAGUCACCAACUUUGAGGAGGCAGAGCAUGAGAGUGUAAAUAUAGGGGAGGAUCCGGACCCAAUCACUGUAGAUGUUUCUGAAAGUGAAAAGGUUGAAGAUGGCAGGUCACAGUCUUCCAUAAAAACUCCUGAUGACCUUGUGAAAGAGAGAUUAAUAGAGUUGGCAGAUGAUGGAAAUUUGAUCAUGGAGGAGGAACCCGUAAGAAACCAACAUGAGGAACUGUGAUAAACAUCAUUGUGCCUUCUUACACUACAUCCAAAUGGUGCCAUCUUUUUUCUGUGACAUUCCAUGGACCCAUUCCAAACAUAUUCAGAGAUAUUAUAUUUCAAUUUGAUGUGUGUUAUGUUUGCUGAUGCAUUUGAGUUAACCGCAUUAAUUUUGUGUUUAGUAUUAUUUCAUGUAUAGGACAUCAGUAUAUAUAAUUCAGAAGUUAAUGUUUUAUCCUUGUUCAUUCCAUGUGGUGAGUUAUAUUUGUUUGGAUGUCCAUUUAAAACUUGUAAAUGAAAGAUAUAUAUGUGAUUGACAGUACAUGUAUAAUAAACAAUUAGUAUGUGGA